CUGAUCUUUAUCCAGAAAAAUUAAUACCGAUCGCAGCGGUCAGUAGGGUACUGCAAAAAGCUCCCUCAAGAAACAAAAAUGGAGACGGCGGCGGAAGGUCGGAGUUCGGCGGAGAAGCUUUCCGUCAACCACGCCUACGACCGGCAAAGAGAAUUGAAAGCUUUAGACGAAUCAAAAUUAGGGGUAAAAGGACUGGUGGACUCGGGCUUGACGAACCUCCCAAAAAUCUUCCUCCACCAAAACCAGAAGUCCUCCUCCACGGCCGCCCUACCAUCCGACGACUCCCGUUUCACCAUCCCCAUCAUCGAUCUUCACUCAACGGCCCAAAACCCCCAAUUGCGAUCCAUCAUAAUCGACCAAAUCCGAGACGCUUCCGAAAAUUGGGGGUUCUUCCAAAUCCUCAACCACGGCAUCCCCUCAACCGUCACGGCGGAGAUUCUCGCCGGAAUCCGACGGUUCCACGAGCAAGAGGGCGAACAAAAGAAGCAAUUCUACUCUCGCGACUACACCAAAACGGUACUCUACAACACCAAUUUCGAUCUCUACCAAGCCCCUGUUACAAAUUGGAGAGACACACUAACCUGCGCAAUCGCACCACGAGGGGCUGAACCCAAAGACAUACCCUUAAUCUGUAGGGACAUAAUCCUUAAUUACACCAAAAGGGUACUCGAAUUAGGGAAGACCCUAUUCGAAUUGGUGUCCGAAGCUCUAGGGCUCGACCCCAAUCGGUUGAACGAAAUCGGCUGCAGCGAGGGGCUUGUCCUGUUCGGCCAUUACUACCCAGCCUGCCCUGAACCAGAGCUCGCAAUUGGAACCAGCGACCACUCCGACAGCAGUUUCUUAACAGUGCUUUUACAGGACCAAAUCGGGGGGCUUCAAGUCCGCCAUGAUGACCGGUGGGUUGAUGUCCGGCCAAUCGACGGCGCGCUUGUGAUAAACAUCGGCGAUAUGUUACAGCUUGUUUCGAAUGGUCGAUUGAAGAGCUUGAAUCAUAGGGUGGUGGCUAAAAGUGAAGGGCCGAGGAUAUCGGUGGCGUGUUUUUUCAGGUACCAGUUUCCGCCGGAGAGUGAGAGGAAGGUUUAUGGGCCGAUAAAGGAGUUGAUUUCGGAGGAGAAGCCGGCGGUUUAUAGAGAAACGACGAUCAAGAACUUUGUGGCGCAUUAUUAUACUAAAGGGCUUAAUGGGGUCUCUGCGCUUGAACAGUUCAAGCUUUGAUCCGAGUCCUACCGGUUGGUUCUGGUAUAUUAUCUUGUGCAUUUUUAGAGAUUUUUAUUUGCAUA